AUGGUCAAGAUUGAAAACGAUGCGACGGGGCUUUGGAAGAAGCGAUGGGCCCCCAAGGUGCGGUCGGGAUGCCUCACAUGCAGAACUCGCCGCGUGAAAUGCGAUGAGCAGAAGCCGUCGUGUAAGCGAUGCAUUCGAAGCACCCGACAAUGCGUCUACGACCGCGAACGGCAAACCGAGCUCCAGCGAUCGAUCGAGCCGACAAUCCUUAUCCAACCUUUGGCCUUUCAGGGCCCCUUUUCCAGUCCACCGUGCGUCCAAGAACGAAGAACAUUUGAAAUGUUCCGGGAAACAGUCGUCCCCUUUGUGUCGGACAUUUUCGAUGUCGACUUCUGGAAUAUUGUGACUCUGCGGGCUGCUUACAUGUAUCCGGCAGUCUGGUACGCCAGUCUUGCCAUGGCAUCAGCCAGCAAGGUGGCCGAGAUAGAUGCCACAGCGGAUGAAGCAGCAAUGCAACUGCGACAAAGCUACGAACAACAAGCACUCACCUUUUGUAGCAAAUCGGCUCGACACCUCACACAAGUCAACUACAAGAACCCCUCUGUAGCAGAUCAGGAGAUGCUGCUGCUUACAUGCAAUUUGCUGAUUGGCUAUGCAAAUCUGCGAGGAGACAAGGAGCAGGCCAUGAUGCAUCUUGCCAACGGUGCCUACUUGUCGAAGAAAUGGAAAUACUGGGAGACAGGCCAGGGAGCUCCGUUACAGCACCGAUUGAAGGACUGCGUUGCGCCAGUGCUGUCCAUAAACCUACUCUUUAGACGCCUUGAAAUGCAACUCUAUAACUCAUUUCAACAAUUGCCCAAGGAUCAGGAUGUCGAGAUGGAAGACAGCAUCCCCACCGAUUUAACACCAUUUACAUCCGCCACAGAAGCUUACAUGCAUCUGCUACCCAUCCAACGAGAGCUACGCAUGCUAAUGAGACUUCCUCCACCAAGACCUGGUGCCAUUGCUAUUUCCUUCAUGGCCCCUGGUUGUGAGCAAUGGCGGCAGCCGUUUCAAGACUGGCGCACAAAGCUGCAUCUGUACGGCGCCCAGUUGGCUGAAAAAGAAAAGAUUGGCAGCGUACCUGGCGACGAAAAAAUACGCAUGGAAAUUCUGCACAUCUGGGAGCUUUGCUUUGAGACCUCCCUUUAUGUAGACAUGUUGAAAGGACCGCUCGGUUGGGACGACUUCAACACAAACUUUAUUAACAUCGCAGACACCUGCGAGAAACUGCUCGAGCAACACCGCAACGAGCGCCUUCGAGGCAACACAGAUGCAGCAGUGGCCAACUUAUCCUGCUUCAUGUCACUAGUCUCCCAGCCCCUCACGUUUGUUGCGUCGACGUGCCGAAUUCCGAGCGUACGGCGAAGAGCGCUGCAGCUCGUUAAAGAGCACCCCUUUCGAGAUGGUGUGGCGGCCGGUGCCGAUUUCAUCACGCUGUUUGAGCGUAAGAUUGAAUUUGAAGAGCAAGCUGCCAAGUUGGCGCCACUGGAAGGCGGCUGCGACUGUGGCUCAAAUAUAUUUGUCUGCAAUUCGCACCGAGUCCCAACAGGCAUCGUGGAGUUUCGCCCAGACGGCUCCAUGUUUGCUGAGAUGAGAACAGUGCAUGAUGAAGCCAUGAAUCAACUUGGCAAAAUGAUACCCCUUGUACUCCCUACGAAAAACUAUGGAUGA